AAACUGCCCCGGCACCCGUAGUCCUGAUGACGUCGUGGCCAAACAUGGCGUCUCGUUGUGUUUGAAUGAACCAGAGGAAAAAAACAAACAGAGAAAAAAACACGAGGAAACUUUCAGCAGAAAGUUUCACACGCGUGAUUUUUUUAAAUCCACGGAGCGACGGACAACAACAAUGUGCAGCGGAGGCUGCGCAUGCGCCGUCAGAGCCUGCAGCUGCUGAUCUGUGAUCUGUUUCCAAACUCUGUCACAACAACACGGCGAGGCAGAUGCCUGCUACAGCAGCACCACACAUGUGCAAAGAUUUGCAGAGUCCCAAACGCAGAGGCUGCAGCAGGUACCCCGACUCGAAUAAUGGAGAUUCUCCGGGAGACGUGGAACCGACCCAGGACAUUUUCUGGGAUUCCACGUCUCCCACUCCAGCUAAUACUGGGCUCAGGAACAAUAGAGUUGUGGAAAUCUCAGAUAUCGUCAACCGGAUUGCUCCAAAGGAUGUGGAACGGAAAGGGACCGAGUCUCCUCUGCUGCAGUGGAUCGGUGACAGCGCCGUCCCGUGCACGCCGUACGUUCCAAGGCCAAGAGUCCGGAAGAAGUCCUCCCGGCAGAGCAGUGUGGAUGACCUCAUGAAACUGGCCAGGCAGUUUGAUGAGAACAUGCAACAAGACAGGGAGACUUCAGAACAGCUCAACGCCGCCAACAACGACCUCAGUGAACGUGGGAACGCUUCCGAAACAAAACUGACGGAGACGUCAUCCUCCAGUAACGCCAAGCACCCGGGGUGCCCGUCCUCGUCGGAUCAGGUGGAGGCAGACCUGCACGCCCUGUUUGACUGCUCCACUCAGAAAGUCAGCGGCCGGCUGAGCCAGGGCUCCUCGGCAUCAGCUCGUUCCCAGGAAAUAAAACACCAACCGGCGAGUUCAAGUUCAACCGAACGCCGACAAUCAGAGGUCAAGUCUGGCCCGGCUGCACAUCCUGCUGAGGAAAAAGGAUCCUGCAGUUUUAGUGCGAAUAAUUGUGAUGACUUUGAUGAUGACUGGGAGAACGAUGACCUACUCAAUGACUCUUUUGUGCUGGCAAUGACCCAGAAUCCUGACCAGCAACAUGACACCACUGUACAGUCUAACACUAAGGCAAACACUACUCAGUUCACCUCUGGCUGCAGGCCUGCUGCAAACACAAACUCUGCACAUCAGCUUUCAAACUCGAACUCCAAGCCAAGCUGCAGCACACUCCAGGAACUGUGUCCCAAACCAAAGACUACCAACCGAAGCACUUUCAAGUUAGAGCCCAACCCUCACUUCCAGCCGAGGGCGGCUGCCAAGGAGGUUUCAAAGUCCAGCUUCAGUGUUCUACAACCUAAAUCACAGAUGUCUGAGCAGAGAUCCGCUACCACAAAGACACCGUCUACCCCUAAAACUGACAAGAUCACUAAUGAUCAGAGGGAGACUCGUGUAGCUGCGGACUCUGUUAAAGACAUUUCAGACAGCUUAUGGGAUGAUGGGGAUGACGACGCGCUGCUCUACCAGGUAUGUGACAGCGUGGAGCGGAUCUCCAACAGUCAGCCACAGCAAGUGAGCCCCAGCGACCGCCAAGAAAAACAAGAGACCGCCGUGGACCGACAGCGAAAAACCACCACGCCUCUGCCAAUCGACGCCGUCCGGCGGUCCGCGAACGCCGCCGCCGGCGCUGAUAGACAGUCGCCGUGUGCUUUCGUCCGUUCUAACUCAUUACCGGGGACUAGCUGUGAAGCCGUGAACUACCAAGGAUGGAACGUUCCCAUGAAAGGUGCCAACAACAAAUCACGGAUGUCUCAGAGCCUCCCAGGGAGCCACAUGAGUCUGGGCACAUUUAGCCAGCGCAGGGAUUCCUCUGGAACUUUCCAGGCAGGGAACGCGAACGCGAAGCCACAUACGGUGACAGCCAGGCCGCCGCAGAAGUCUCAUCAGGCGGCUUUCAAGAGAAAUGUGUCUGACUCAGCGGUUAUAAGCAACAAAGUUUUUGUCACGAGCCAGAUGACGGGGAAGUGCUCCGCGGCAGAGAUCGAGAGGAAGAAACAGGAGGCCUUGGCCAGGAGGCGACUGCGAAUGCAGAACACCCCGAAACCGUAGAGAGGAGCUGAGUUCUCUCUGAAGAUGAUUUACUAUGACUCUGUGCACAGAAAGGAGCCGGGGCCUUCUGUGGGGAGCUGCUGGACGUCGUUGCUGCUAACGUAAAAACAUUGUUUGUGAGUCUCAGAUCUGGCGCUGGGAUAACAUAAAAAGAGAUUUUUCACUUUUUAAACCGUGGAAAGUUAUUUGUUUACAUCCACCGAGUUAA